AUGAACAGCCUCCCCAUCCUGCAUCUUCUCCUGUUCCUGCUUGGAUUCCAAGCCCUACAGGCACAGGGGAGGUCCUUGUCGGCAUACCAGCCUAAGCAAUACUUCAAGAUGAUCAGUGAAAUUAUGGACAUCUUAAACACUUCACCCUCGCCUUCAGAAGAAACCUUGGACCCAAAUGAGAUAAACACCCUGCUGAACACUACUCUUCUGAGGCCAAACCUGGAUGCAUUCUUGAAUGCUACCAAAAAUUUCUACAACAAUGAGUCACUAAUCUGGAAAAAUCUUAAGGAAUUCCUGCCACUCCUGCCCAAUCCCACACCCAGGGGAGAACCAAUCUAUAUUGAGAAUAAACGGGAUGAUUUCCAAAAGAAGCUGAAAAAAUAUCUGGAAGCCCUUGAUAACUUUCUGACUUUCAAGAACAACCUGGCCCAUGGACGGCACUGUGGGUGCUCAGCGAAGAUUCUGUGUUGCCCGGGGCGGUGGGAGGAGCUGGAGAAGCUGCUGCAGUUUCUGGUGGAGCCACUAGGGGGAGCCGGGCCACUGGAUGACGGUGCGCCCAGAGAGUCCGGGUCCCCAGCCGGCUUUCCCGCUUCUCCGGCUCCCCUGCCUCCCUCGCUCUCCCACCCGCACCGGGCGGCUGGUCCUAAUUUCAUCCUGGCUGAGGCAGGCAUUUGUGCCCCACUCCCAUGUGCCCGGGAUGAGUGCCUGCUCGUCACCGCCUCUUCAUUCCCUGGAGAGUGGGUCCGCAGCCCUCCGCCUCUGCCAGCCCUGCUACCCUCUGUCCUGGUGGAGAGGAGACGGACCUGGCCUGUCCUGCCAUGCUUCUCCCACGCCUCCUCCUCAGCAGGCCAGAGCCGAUGGUGGAUGGAACCAGCUCAUACUGGCUCACAGAGCCAAUUGUUCAAUCUUUUAACAAGUUGCCAACCAGUUAUCAAACGAUCUGUAGCUUGA